ACCUCCGCCCUACUGCCUACUUCCCCAGCUUCACCUAACCCAUCACUGCCACCAUCUACAGUACUGCUGUUCGGGUCCCAAUCUCUCGCGACAAUUUCCGGGACACAUUGCGCUGCAAACUCUACCGUAGAACCUCAAUCCCGCCCCCUCACACUCUACUUUACUUGUCAGUGCCCCCGUGUGAGCCACCCCACAACGUGAUCCCACCACCCUGAACAUGUCCACCAAGCCAUCAUCCAUAAUUACCGCCUCGAAAAUAGAUGGGCUCCCGAACAUCCCGCUAUCGUACAGUGUAGCGAAUUCUCAAGCCUCCGCCUCACAGCUAAUAUAUUCCCUUUUCCCCGAGUGGGCCCCGGCGAGAGGAGGCCGCGGAUUGAAGUUCGUGAGGUUUACCGACGGGAUUACGAAUACUGUGGGUGUCCGAGUCGUUGAUUUCUUUCCCAGUUUAUCCCUCAAUGGGGGUACCGUUAUUCUAACCGUUUUGGGGCCCCUGUGACUGUCUAUCUCUCCUCUCACCAAGAAAUGUGGGAUCUCGGGAUAGCCCUCCCCCCAAUCCUUGCUUCCCACAGGUUUCAAUGCAGCUUCAAUUGCUCAUCCCACAGCUUGUUAGUUGUGCCGGUGCUGACCAUUUCCACCUAGCUUCUCAAAUGCUUUCACAACCCACCCGAGGGAAUUGCCUCGCCCGAAGCUAGAAGAAUCGAGGACGACGAGUCUGUUCUCUUGCGUGCCUAUGGAAGAGAUACGAGCAUUCUAAUUGACCGUGAACGUUGGUUUCCCAUCCCCGGAGACAGCACCCAGGGCUCGGCGACUGACUCAUGCUCACUUAGGCGAAUGUGCUUCCCAUCUUUUACUCUCCCGCUUCAACCUUGCACCCGAGCUUCUCGCUCGAUUCGCCAACGGCCUUCUCUAUCGUUACGUACCCGGGCGUGUUUGCUCUGUUCAGGAGUUAGCGGACCCCGCCACCUCCAAAGCUAUCGCAACACGCUUGGGGGAAUGGCAUGGCGUACUUCCCACAAGCACUACACCUCCACCCUCUCCUGCAUCCUCUUCCUCCGCCUCUUCUAGCGAACCCGAUGUCACCUUGUGGACCGUUCUUCAGAAAUGGAUUUUCGCAAUUCCCAGCGAGACGGACGAGGGUAAGGCUAGGAAAGAAUCAUUGCAAGAGGAGUACGAAAAGCUUCUUGCUGGCACUGAUGAUGGUGGAUAUGGCCUGAAAGGCCUAGACGGAGGUGUUGGCUUGGUUAUGGGGCACUGCGACCUACUGAGCGGCAACGUUAUCAUACUCCCCCAGGAAGGUGGGCUCUCACCCCCCCCCGACGCGGCCAGGCGGGUCCAUUUCAUUGACUAUGAGUGAGUGCGCCAUCCCCUGCCAAAUAUCAGGCAACACCUUGAUUGAUCAAUGCUUCUAGGUACUCUGCUCCCUGCGAGCGUGCCUUCGAACUUGCGAACCACUUUUCGGAAUGGGGCGGAUUCGAGUGUGAUUAUAACCGCUUGCCUACCCGGUCUGCCCGCCGCGAGUUUAUUAGCGCAUAUCUCAGUAGCUUUGAGUUGCACCGCUCCGGUGCAACAGCAGCGGCCAUUAGUACCGGUCAGAUCGACGAUCUCAUGAAUGAGGUUGAACUAUUCAGAGGCCUCCCGGGCUUCUACUGGUAAGGAGUUUGACAGCUAAUUGUGAAUGUGAUGAACACUAAACUAAGGGAAUACAGGGGCGUCUGGGCACUCAUCCAAGCCACUAUCAGUCAAAUCGAUUUUGACUAUGCAUCUUACGCAGAGGUCCGCCUAGCUGAAUAUUGGGCCUGGAAGGAAGCGUUCGAAGGAAGGGCGGUUAAUACACCGCGCGAGCAGAAGUGGUCCCAGGAAUGAUUAUGCCCCGGACAUCCUAGCGGUUGAUGAUAUUAUGAACAAAAAGCUUGAUUUAUGUCCCCCUUCUCCUUCAUUCGUUCCAAUCUUAGUUUGUUGUCUUGGUGUUUUUUCCGCUUUUUUUUUUUUUUUUUGGACAGGAGCCGGUGUUUCAACAACGGUAAUUUGGAUGGGAGGUCUUACGACUAUUUCUUUUCUUGUUGAUGUUUUUUCCCCCAUUUUUUGCCUAUUAACGGUCCUGUUGCUUGUUUGUUCGGCGCACGGUCUGUUUUUUCAACAAUAAACGACGAUAACGAGCCUGUCGGAUUUAACGUACGGUAGUGGUUAGCGAUAGACGUGGGAAUUUAUAUACGAAAUUUAUGGCACUACUCAUUUUU